AUGCCUCACCGUCACAACCACCAUGGGCGGCGACACGGGGGCGUCGAGAAACGCGGGAACAUCAGGGAUCAGAUUCUUGAUAUAAUAGGAGAUAUCGCACCCAAUAAACGGGAGACCGUGUCGGUAAUCUACAUCACUGCAGACCCAACCUUUGACGGCCCGAUCGGUGGUUAUUCGACUGAAGGCAGGCCGGCGAAGACUCAGGAUCAUGGGGAGGUCGGGACUCCGCUGGAGCACACACGCACUGUCAGCCGCACUACAGUCAGGCCAACCCCCACAAGGAAGCCCACGCCCAAGUCGACGCCUACGACGACCGAGAACACGACCGACACCCCAAGCUCAAGGCCCAAAACAACCCCCUCGACUCUUAUCACGUCGACUCCAAGCUCACCAGACGUGGUCCCGACAUCCACGCUCGACAACGAUGCUUCUGGGAUGUCCUCCGCCACGUCCACGCCUUCGUCCACCGCCGCCCCAGCUUCGGGUGGCUUAUCGUCUGGUGGAAAAGCCGGUCUCGCAAUAGGGAUCAUUGCGCUACUUGGACUACUGGCUGGUGCAGCGCUAUUGUUUGUUCGCAAGAAAAAAAAGAAGAAUGAGGAGAUGGAAACGAUCAAUACUGAGAAGCCAAUGCCUCCACUCCCAAGUCCACAGGUCGUUGCGCCUUCUCCGCCACCGCAGCAGCACCAGAUGACCCCCUCGGCUCCUCCCCAGUUGAAUAUUCGGCCCAUCACCCAGUUUUCUCCAGAUCUUACUUCACCUUCGCAAAGUAGCUCGACAAUGGUGAACGUUGCUGGUGUUGUCGCGGCGCGCAAUCUCACUGGACAGCAUAACGAUUCCCAGAGCACAUUUUCACCCCCCAAGACAGCGGACAGCACGUCCAAUCCUUUCAAUGAUCCGGUAAAUCCGUUCGAGCCCCGAUCCGGCGCUUCGUCUCCUACGUCUGCCUUGGGUUCUGGACCAUCGCAACCUUUGAAUGGGCAUCCGUCCUCCCCAGAAACCUCUAGUGUGCGAGCACCUACCCCAGACGGCAUGAGCACUGGAGCCGCCGUUGCUGUCGGCGCUGCGACUGCUAUCACUGCUGGUGCCGCUGCCAAUAGCCACAGUGGCAAGCCGCCAACCCUUCAACACGUCCCCGGCCCCCCCGCGGGAUGGAUGAAAGACAUGCCUCCCCCAAGUCCAGCUAUGAGCAUUGAUUCCGUUUCUGUCACGUCUACCACAGCUGCAGCAGUCGCCACAGGUGGCCCUGCUCCAAACAACGUUCACCGUGUGCAACUUGAUUUCUCCCCUUCCAUGGACGAUGAACUCGAACUGCGAGCUGGACAACUCGUUCGCCUGCUUCACGAAUAUGACGAUGGAUGGGCUCUCUGUAUUCGCCUCGACCGCUCUCAGCAAGGUGUUGCCCCGAGAACAUGUCUCUCCGCUAGGCCGGUUAAACCACGUCCUCGUAAUGGUCCACCUGGUCCAGGCCCUCGUGGUCCUCCACCAAUGGGCGGCUCACAUGGUCGUCCAAUGACUCCGGCUAGUGGGCGUAAUUCUCCUGCUCCUGGGCCUCCUCCGAGCGGUCCCCCUCCGCCAGGUCCACCUCGAUUUGCACCCGAGCAGGGUAGUCGACCUGCCUCUCCUAGCUCGGGAUAUCGCCCAUAUCAUGCUCCAAACCAGCCGAUGGCACCUGUUCGGUUCCCAGAUGUCCCACGCUCGUUGUCUCCCGGUCCCGGUUCGCGGAUUCCCCAGCAGCGAUCGAUGAGCCCCGGACCGUAUGGGGCUGGGGGGAUGGAAAAGCCGAAUAUGCCGGAAGCUCAGCGAAAACGAAGCAAUAGUGCCGCUGGUGCAGUGGGGCGUAUCCAUGCACCGAAUCCAGGACCAAGCGCUCUCAGUGCCUCCGUGCAGAACGCCAAUUCGGGCGAUAAACCAACAGAGAAGCCCGCCGACAAUCCAGCAGACAAGUUGACAGACAAGCCAGCAGAGAUUCCAGCAGAUAAGCCAACAGAGAAGCCAGUAGACAAACCUGCGGAGAACCCAGAACCACAGGCAGCGGAACAAACGCCUCCAGAAUCAACGCCUCAGCCCCCAGCGGAGCAAGGAGUGCGGAGGCCUCCUCCCUCAUUGGGCCCUGUGGAAAGAAAACCUGUGCCUGGACAAGCACAGUAA